AUUUUUACAUAUUUAUUUUUUUAUAUUUUGAACUGACCCAAAAAUUCUGGUUCCACCACGGUAUACUGAGCCACUGGACAUAACCACUCUUGUACUAGCAAGUCUGCAACUCUGCAACUAUCAAUAUUAUUACUCUGUGCGUGUCCUUUGGUGUUUGCCCAUUUGCAAGUUCUGAACAUUUUAGUAAAUUCAUUGUAUUUUGCAAGAUUCUCAGUUGGGUAAUUGGAGAAACCCUUUUAUAUGCAGAAACAGGGGGAAAAAAAGAGUUUGAUAAACUAUUGAUGAAAGUGAAAAAAAAAGAGGAAAAUGGCAGGAGCUGGUUGUGGAGGAACUGCUUCAAUGCCAUCUAUGCCACCACCCCGCCCAAAAUCACCACCUCAGUAUCCAGAUUUGUAUGGAAAGCGUCGAGAAUUAGCCAAAGUUCAGAUGCUUGAAAGAGAAAUUGGCUUUCUUGAGGAAGAACUGAAAUCCAUUGAAGGCCUUCAUCCCGCUUCUCGGCCCUGUAAAGAGGUGACAGAAUUUGUAUCGGAGCAUUCAGAUCCUCUUAUACCAACUAGAAUAAAGAAGACUCGUAGAUCCUGUUGCUACUGGAAACGGCUCUGUGGCUCUUCAUGUUUCAAUCUCUCGUGGAUUUGUUGCUGGUGCCGAUGUCCUAGAAUGAAGAUGCCGGACUGCUGUAUCUGCAAUUUAUGUAACUGCUGCCCAUCUAUCAGUUGCUCAAUACCUAAGUGUCAAUGUUUCUCCUGUCCACGGUCUAAAUGCUGCAGCAAGCCUGUCUGCAAAUGGAGUUGCUGUAGCUUAAAAUGUCCUCCUUGCUUUCGCUGUUCCUCUUGUAGACCAUGUACAUGUACAUGUUCUUAUCCUAGAUGUCCAAAGUUAAAUUGUAGUUGCUGCUGUAAAAAGUGCUGCUGCUUCUGCCCUUGCUACUUUUGUUAGUAGUCCUAAUACUAAAUCAUGCAAUAAUAUUUCUAUAUGAAACUUCUAUAAAAUUGUGAAUAUUUUUGUCUGGAAUAGCAUUUGAAGUUACCUUGUUUCCUA